AAGACAUUAGGACAACUGUAGUGUGCGUUUAUAGAGUUUUAUUUUUAAUUAAUUAAUUAAUUAAUUUUUUUUUUAUUUUAUUUAUUCUUUCAGGACCAAUGACGUUGUGUAGACACCCGGAAAUAUUGAAUUGGAGAUCAGUGAUGUCGGUGCUGUGACCCAGUGAAUUAUUAUAAUGACUAAAUAGUGGAAAAUAGUUUAUAAAAUUACACAUAUUCCUUUCAUUAAAGUGGUAAUGAAGGAAGUAACAGAAAAAUAUUUUCUAAAGAAAAGAAAAAGACUGAAAGAAAGGCUUCGUUUAGAUGCAUUCUUGGAAAUGUAGUUCUCCACGUCUACCAUUAGCAUAUAGGUAAUUGAAGUCUGCCAGUAAUAAAACUACAAAUCCCAUCAUAUUUGAAGUUCAAUGCCAGACGAGAUAAGUGAAGUCAUGAGCAGCAGCAGACUACCCAAAAGUCAUGUAAAUAUUUACAGCACCAGUUGAGUUGUUAUCUUUUGUAACUGACAAAAAAAAAAAAAUUAAAUUCAUUCUGCUACAUUUCCCGAAGACGAAGGUUUCAGAACCAGACUGCAUGUAGCAACUGUGUGAUGCACUCUUGGUGCUGCAUCGUGGAGAGAGAGAGGCUGGCAGAGACCGGCGUGUCCAUUUCUAAUGCGCCCAGCACGGAUGAGUUGGGGACUAUGUGGUGCCCAGAAGAGGAGGUUGGUGCUGGGGGUCAUUGUCCUGUUGCUUGUGGACGUAAUCUGGGUUGCUUCAUCCGAACUCACUGUAUAUGUGUUUGUGCAGCAGCAAUACAGCAAGCCCUUUUUCAGCACGUUUGUGAAGACCUCCAUGUUCAUACUGUACCUGCUGGGCUUCCUGUUCUGGAAACCAUGGAGACAGCAAUGUGCAACCCAACAGCAGAGUGGCAUAUCCAUUUCUGAUGCUGACUCACUUGUGACUGCUGCUGGCACUGAAAACAGCUUUAAUAAUUCCCUAAGUGAGCCUCUGUAUGUGCCAGUGAAGUUUCAGGAUGUUGCUGAUAUCACUGUCAGUCGAGAGGCUAAGACUCCUGUGAGGAAGCAGCGUGUGAGGUUCAGUAAUGUGAUGGAGGUACGUGAACUUCCUCACUCUCAGGCUUUAGAAGCCAAACUGUCUCGCAUGUCUCAUGCAGCCACCUCACUCAGGAUUAUGGGAAAACUUGGCAUCAGUGCUGUGGCCAAAAUCAGCUUCUUCUUCUGUUUUGUGUGGUUCCUGGCUAAUCUGGCCUAUCAGGAGGCUCUGACAGACACGCAGGUGGCCAUCGUAAACAUUCUGUCCUCCACCUCAGGCCUCUUCACUUUGAUCUUGGCCUCCAUAUUUCCCAGCAAUAGCAAUGAUCGUUUCACACUUUCCAAACUGCUUGCUGUUAUUCUCAGCAUGGUGGGAGUGGCUGUGGUCAGUUUCUCAGGGAUGGAUAGUUCUGGUGGAAAAGGCACUAUUGGCUAUCUCUGGUCACUGCUGAGUGCUCUCCUAUACGCAGUCUACAUCGUUAUGCUAAAGAGAAAUGUUGAUCGAGAGGAAAAACUUGAUAUCCCAAUGUUCUUCGGCUUUGUGGGCUUGUUUAGCCUGCUGCUGUUAUGGCCUGGCUUCGUGCUGCUGCAUUACUCUGGGUUGGAGCUGUUCGAGAUGCCUAAUCAGAUGGUAAUCUUCUACAUCCUCAUCAACGGCCUGAUAGGGACUGUGCUCUCUGAGUUCCUCUGGUUAUGGGGCUGUUUUCUCACUUCAUCUCUCAUUGGGACACUGGCUCUGAGCUUAACAAUUCCACUGUCCAUCGUGACUGAUAUAUGCUUGCAGAAGACGAGUUUCUCUUGGUUAUUCUUUGCUGGAGCAGUUCCAGUUUUUCUCUCCUUCUUCCUGACUGCACUCCUGAGCCACUACAAUAACUGGGACCCGGCGAUGGUGGCACUGCGGAGAGUUUUCUCCUUUAUCUGCCGCAAACACAGGAUUCACAGAUUAGCAGAGGACAGUGAGCAGUGUGAGAGUCUCAUCCCUUUACAGAGCUCUGCCCUCGAUAACAGGGGUUUUUGCUCUUGAUUAACAUUUUAAGAGGAACCGAGAAGCAGAAAAUGACAAUCUGAAACCUGCCAUUGUGGCUCGUGUCACUUCCUCCUCUUCCCCACAUAUAUUGAAGACCCUGUGAUUGACCAUUCUUAAUCCUCAUUUUGUUGGCUGUGAUAUCUCAGGGCCAGAAAACCACACCCAGGCAAGCAGCUUUCAUCGGCCGUGAUGGAUGAUCCAGACAUACUGACUGACUUUCCAAUCACAGUAUCACAAACUGAGCCCUUUCCAAGAAAAAUGAGAUUGUGAUAAGCAGAGUCUGAGAUGUUGUACUAACACAUGUUGUGUGUGUGUGUGUGUGUGUGUUCAUCAGUAUAUCACAAUAUGUCUGAUUUGUGUUAUUAAAUUAAUACAGGCUAUACACACUUCAUAGUUAUUGUUAAGCAGAUUGAUAUACAUGCAGAUUUGCUGCUUUCAAAUCACCAUUUCUCCCUUGAAGUACAAAUAGCCUAUUAUCUUUUUAAUCUUUGUACUAUAGAUAGUGUCUAGAUGUCAAGGUCCUAGUAAAACCUGCAUGUUAUAUUUCACCAUUGAAACGAGACACUAAAACCAUGUAACAUGGUAAUUAAUAUUUUGCGUAUAUGACUUACCAUUACCAUGUAAUUUAAUAGAUUGUGUGUAUUUGGUAUGAAUUACCAAAUACAAUCUAAAUCCAAGUAAACACUAUUGAGCACGUGUCCAGUGUUUUCUCCUGUAUUUCUUUUCUUUUGCACAGGGGAAACCCCUGUUCUGUCCUUCUCGUUGAGCAACGUUGUGUUCUGAAUUUACACAGACCACAACGUAAUUACAAUUGCAGAAAAAUUGUUUUGCACAGUCUUUCAGCUGCACUCAUGUUUGACGCAUGUGAAUCAAAGAGGGCUUUGGUUGAAUGACCAUUGUGAUGAUGUCACAUGACGUGUCUUGGCCCAAAUCUGCGGAAAAUCCGCUGUAAUUUGGAAAAAUUGCAAGCGUCUCUGAAUAUUACUGCGAUCACAAAAAUCCUGGGGGGACUGAUUGUAGCGUCGGUUCUUUCGCCAGUUUUGGAGAAAUCAGACUGGCUCAUUGGUAAGUAGUGUAGGAGUUGGUGUGUUGUUAACUCCCCAGGUCAUCACUUUAAAAGAAUACUUCAGCGUUUUUCAAAAUGUGUUCACAAAGACUAUGUGGACACACAAUUCUGAUCGUUUCAAAUCAGAUCUGAACCACUUUCGUCUGUGAUCCAAUCUCAUUUGUGGAACUGCGACAUGAAAGAGAACGCUCAGAUCAGAAUUCAUGAGCUGUUUCCCAAAACACAUGCAAAUAUCAUAAAUGUUUACAGUGCAGCAAUACAACAACGGAGGACAGCAACAGCACAGACUUUAUUCAGUGGAUGGAUGGGGAAAUUGGAUGGGACCUACUGAAUCUGUAGUGUUUAGAACAAUUGCCCAAGAAGUCUUGGUGUGUAUGCGGGGUGUUUCGAGAGACAGGUGCAUUUACAUAAGAGACAGAUAUGAGUUGCUUGCGUUUACAAAUAUGAACAAUAAGAGAAACGGAGCCGAUUUGAGCCGAAAUUGGAAUUAAAGCUUUUAGUGUGAAAGUAGCCAAAGGCAGAGAGGUUUCAAAAUGUUUCACAGCACAGUAAAUACAUUUAAUUGAAACUCCGUUAUAAUGGAAGUCUAAGGCCAGUGGUCGACGCAGGCAACUAUAUAACAAAUUCAAAACUACAGCCGUUACACUCUAAUAAUGAAGGUCGUUAUUUACUCUAAUUUCUAACUUUCCAAUGCUGGAGCAACACAGUUCAAAUAUAUUCUGGUUAUUUACACUUUCUGAACAUAUUUGUGGUAUCCAUGCAUAAUUGGAGGUCCCGUCUCUGAAAAGACAAAUUAUACACGUUAAAGUUGUUUGAUUUAUAAAUACCUCUGAAUAAAAAAUGAAAACAUUCUACAAGAAAAGCAUUUGGUUCACAUAAACAUUUACUGUUAACCCAGCCACUGCCCUUAGACUUCCAUUGUGAGUUUAGCAUAAACAGGCUUUCUAUACUUCUCCCACUGAAGGGAAAGGACUUAAAAUUCGUAUCUGUGGUAAUCCAUAUGAUACACAUAUGGUAGAUAGAGAUUAAGGUUGAAAAUCGCUAGAGUUUACAUUUGAGAAUGUGGGUAGGAUCUUAUUACUCUGACCAAAAGAGAUCAAGAAUAAAAUUUCAGAAGAAAAGACACAGAUGGAAAAAAAAAAUAGAUUUUACUGAAUUAUUAAGCCUUUAACCAUCCAGGACCAUAACUCCAUACCUUUUUUCCUAUUAGUCUCACUGUAUUUACUGAAUAAUUUGUAAGAGUUGCUCAAUAAUAUAACUGAAAAUUUGUGUGGCACUUGAAAUGAAAGGAAAUCAGCCACCCUCUCAAUUAUUCAAAUAAAUUAUUCUGAUCAUCUUUUAUGCUAAUCUGUUGGCUGUAUUUUGCAUUGAAUCAGUGAAAACAAAUAAAACUGGAUGUGCCCUGUAGAUGUGCUUGGAACAGAAACCCUGGAUGUUUCUGCUGACACAGCUUCUGGGAGGAAGCCCAAAAGCCCUUGGCUCAUAAUAAUGCAGGGAAAAAAUCGGAGACUAACACAAAGCUCCCAUCGCUCUGCCACAGAUUUGGACAGAUCCUAGCUCACAGUGUGUCAGUACAGCCUGUGCAGUGGCUUAUCUCUGUUUUUAUAGUACUUUUGUAUGAGACUUAGUGUUCAACACUGAGCCCUUAUGCUAGCAGACAUAAUGUAGAUGGCUUUACAAGCUGUGUACUUACUGAGCUGUUUAUAACAGCAUUGUAGAUACCGUUAUUCAGUUAUUACCUUUAAUAUAUAACCGUAAUUUUACUAAAGACAAUUUUAUGUUGUUGUUUUUUUUUUAAAAACAAACAAACAAACAAAAAAAACACUGGUGGUGAACAUAAUAGUGCUGUGAUUCACAGCUUUUAGUGAACGAACUAUCUUGAAAUUUGAGUAUUGCAUGUAUUACAUAAUCCUCAACAUUGCAGUCUGACAGAAGUCAUGCAAUAGGGAUAUUUUAUAGGAUUGGGGGAUGAAGAAAAUAAGCCGCUACAGUUACAACAUGGCCUCUGUGCUCACUGUUCAGCCUGCAUAAACAUUUUUAGUUCAAUAUAUGUAAUCAAGGAAUAAGUAAGGAAUAAAAAUAAUGGGGGUGUGCUGUUAUAGGAACAUAAUCUGACUGACUAAUUUGAGUAUUUUCCAAUAACAGCAUAUUCCAGAGUGGCGGCUAUGGCUCAGGUGGAAAAGCGGGUUGUCCACUAAUCGUAGGGUUAGUGGUUCGAUUCCCGGCCCUCGUGCCUCCGCGUGCAGAAGUGUCCCCAAGUUGCUCCUGAUGGCAAGUUAGCGCCUUGCAUGGCAGCUCUGCUACCAUUGGUGUGUGUGUGUGUGUGUGAGAAUGGGUGAAUGAGACAAAGUGUAAAGUGCUUUGGAUAAAAGCGCUAUAUAAGUGCAGACCAUUUACCAUUUUAUUCCUUUUUUUCCACAGCAAUUUGACAAUUUGACUAGUUACCAAUUUUUUUUAUUUAUCAAAGGCCAUACUGUACAUUUUAUCUUUUUAUAAUAACAUUUAAUCUUGUUAAAUCUUGAAAGGCAUGCCUGUCAAACAAGUUAGUUCCUGUUCACUUACAGUCGUGUUUAAACAGUUGUUCCCUUAACGGCCUCUCUUUUUAUUCUCUUUCUUAAAGUUAAUAAGGCAAAUAUACCUCAAAGUGCAAUUUCUCCAUCCUGAAGACUCUCCUGUGUUGAAAACUUCAAGGUACAGC